UAAUGAGGCAUAAAAUUAUACUCGACGGAUUCGCUCUCCACGAUGGACCGUACUUCAUCACAGAAACCCAACAAAUGUCCAAUGUCAAUGGAAGACAAAUACUGUACUAUAAAUGGGCACAAUACAAAGCCAUGCUGUCAUCUCAGCCUCUAUCGGUUAUCAACGAAUACUUUGGACCCAAGCUUGCAAAUUUUUUUGCUUUUUAUCAAUUCUACAUAUGGAUGCUUAUGUUUAUGGUACCUAUUUCUAUGUGUAUGCUGUUGCCCGCAUGGAGAGUACUCAGGAAUUUGUUGGUCGGUGAAGGAGCUAACAUGUACUGCCAAGCUCACAAAUUGGCUGUUAGGCAUUUAUGUCCAUCCUGCUUAAACUUCAAUGCAUGCCCACUUCGAAACUUGAGUGACUUUUGCGAAGUGCACAAAUUUGUUCGACUCACACAAAGGAUAAUGAUCAUGUCGCCUAUAUUCACUUUGUGGUGUGUUUUGUUUUUCUUCUUCUGGAAACGAAAGCAGAAUUACUGGAGAUGGUUAUGGGAGAUCAAACCUAAGCCUCGUCACCCCAUUGUAAGAGCGGAACAUGAAUUGAUGUAUAGAAAAGCUAAAAGAAGUAAAAGCACAGGAGUCUGGAUAACCACUAUGUCACGUUUAAAAAUUUUAGAACGCAUUAUUGGGCCGUUCCUGGUUGUAAUUGCAAUUGCCAUACCAUUUCUAGCGACUAUAACCAUUUAUGCGUACAAUAUUUCAAUUUUAAAAAAUACUUCAUUUUUGAUGCACGGAAUUGUUAAGAAUAACACAAAGAUGCUCAAAUACAGAGACUACAUAGCUUUAGCCAUUGUAUUACCUAUACAUUUUGUAUUUUGUUCUCUCAUUGAAGCGGUUUUUUUGAAACUGAGCCCUAUUAUGACAAGAUGGGAGAACCAUAGACUAGUGAAGAAUUAUGAGCGAUCUCUAACCUAUAGAUAUUUCGCAGUUAGUCUAAUCUACACCUUUCCCUGUAUGAUUUUCGUGAGCUGGAUUAAGGGCCGUUUUUUCACGCAUCCACUAGAACAUUGGAACACGGUUGUUAACAUUACUACACCCUUCUUUCACGCCAACAUCAGCAUGCCAUUCCUGGGCCACUUAAUGUACUUUCAUUGCAACAAAACCAUUAACUGCAUUGAUGAGAUGGUGUUCACAUUUGUUUUACUAUCCAUCUAUGUGUUGAUAGUUCAGUCUUUAAAAUCUGUUUUUAGAUUUUUCCCCAAUAUGUUUACCUGGACUAUAACCGACUUUAACUUGGCCAGAGAGAAAGAAUUCAACGCACCCGAAUGGGAAAGGGAGUUCAAAUUAAAACCCUUAACUGACGAAGAUGUUUUGAAGUGGACCAACCAAAUUAUGACUCAACUUGCAGUUUUCGCGUGGUUCGGACACUUGGCACCAUAUAUAUCCAUUCUGUUUUUAAUCUUUAAUAUGGUCAUGUUAAGGUACGUAAAUUAUUUAUAAAAUUCUAGUUCAAUUCUAGUUGCAG